GCGUACGUACGGUACCGUACGAUACAGUUAUCAGAAGAUAGUCUGCGUAAAUAAGAUACUGUACGGUACGUAGUGUACUUGGUACGGCAGGACAUAUUUCGAAGAAAAAAUCACGACUCGGAAGGGAAAAAAAUUUGGAUUUGGUUCCCUCCUCACAAAAUCAAAUCUCGUCUCAAGGGACCAGCAACAACGAAAGCAGUUAACAGAACGUGUACAAUCAAAUUUUCAACUUCAAUAUCUGCAGGUAUCAAAUUAGGCCUUUCUCCUUUCUGCCAACCUCUUUUACACAAAGUUACAACAGACAAACAAUAAUGUCGAGCGAUUUCAUCCAUUUUAUUACAUCCUCGGCCUUGUCGCUGACUAUGGCCGGAAACACCGGCAUUUCACCUUUCUUGACCCUAUUGAUUCUUGGAUUGGUAGAGAUAGUCAAGCCUGAACUACUGAAUAUGGGAAAAACAAUUGAAAUCAUUUUAGCGAGCUGGUGGUCCAUCGCUGUACUCGGAGUUUUGACUAUCGUCGAGAUGGUCGGAAAGUGUAUUCCAGCCGUCGAUGAAAUAAUUGAUUCAGUAGAAGUCUUCAUUGUACCGGUCAUUAGCAUUCUAGCAUCUAUGGCAACGAUGGGUUUGCUUCCCGAUGCUGGAACCCCACAAUCUGAUGCAGGACUAGGGCAAGACAUCAAUGUCAUUAGCAUACUUGAUACAGAAUAUUCUGGUGAUGGAUAUCGCAACCUUCAAGACCAAGUGGGAAAAGCCAACCUAGCUGGUAUCGAGGAUAUUCCUUCCAACGAACUCGGAGAAGGCUUCCUAACCUUUAUGAAGUGUUCUUUGGUAGCAUUUGGUAUGCUCCUAGCGUUGCUGAUCCACUUCUUCAAAAUGUUGAUCCGGCUAUCUUCUAUGGUUUGCACUGCAGGGUGUUGCCAACCUUGCAUCACUGUCGUAGAGUUUCUUAUAGUUAUUUCGGGGGUUAUCCUUGCGAUUCUUAUACCGACCUUUGCUGUGAUGGCGUGCAUAGCAUUCUUGGUUGCAGCAGGGUACGUUGUUGUUGUCAAAUGUUGCAAAACGAAAGACGGCAAAAACCACACAACUACCAGUGGUGUCGAAGUAGAAGUGGUGGGCAACAAUCCUGAAAUAAACGACAUUGAAUGUCAACCAAGCGCCUGCAGGACAUCAAAUGCUACGAUUCCAACGCAUGUGGUACUCUAUCCGGCAGAAACCAAGGUCGAAUUCGUCAGACCCGUCAGUCCCACUACUCCGACGAUAACUCCAAAAGAAAUGAUUCGGAAUUCUAGUAUAGGCGAACUCGUUGUCGUACCUCUUUCGCCAAUUCAAGCGAAAAAGGAUUUCCAGGCGACAACUUAUUAAGAUCUCUCUCCAUAAUCUCAAUCCAAGUUCAAAACAUCUAAUAAAAWGCUAGUAAAAUUAAGCAUACUCUUCAGCAAACAAAUCAAUCAUACUAAAAAUAGAGAUCUGCGUAGAAU